AUGGCUCCUACAUUCCGUGCAGAACAAAUCGGCUCGCUGAUGCGGCCCGAGGAGCUAUUAGCUGCUCGCAAUGCCGCCGGAUUGGCGCACAUCUACACUCGAACCAACGUGCCGGAGGGUGUGCAGCAAGUGACAAAACAGGCGAUUGCCAAGGUGGUGGAGCAGCAGCAGGCGCACAAGGUGCGCCCAAUCAUGACCGGAGAGUUUGAACGGCCGAUCUUCUACGCUGGGUUCUUCGAGAAUCUGGAGGGGCUUGAAAUGACCAAGGUCCCCAUUCCGGACGGUUACCGCACGGGGCUCCCGACCGUGCAGACGCUCGAGAAGCUGGGCGUCAAGGAACGGGAUGCCUGCAUCGCUGUGGGCAAGAUUCAGCACGUGCGCAGCCCGUACCUGGCCGACUGGGAGUACCUACGGAGCCUGGUGCCGCAGGAACAGUGGAAGGAGUGCAAGAUGAGCAUGCCAUCUAUUACCUGGCAGCACCAGCAUUUGCGUGCAGGGACCGCGUUCACGGCCUCCAGCCCGUACACUACCGACAAAGAGUACUUUGCGGACCUUGCAAAGGCGUUUGCACGGGAGUACCAGAUCCUUUACGAUGCGGGACUACGCUCUAUCCAGGUGGACGAUCCCGCCAUGACCUUCUUUGUGACGGACGAAAUGCGAUCGGGGUGUGUGGCAGAUGGGAUUGACCCGGACGAACUAUUGGACCUGUAUAUCUGGGCGCACAACGAAAGUCUCCGGGACCGACCUGCAGAUCUUCAUGUCGGAGUUCACCUCUGCCGGGGCAAUAUGCCCGGGUCGACGCACGUGCUUAGUGGGUCGUAUGAGCGGAUUGCGCAACGCAUGUUCACGGGACUCAACUAUGACACGUUCUACCUGGAAUACGACACGGAACGAGCGGGCGACUUCCAGCCGCUGCGACACCUGCCAGUGGGCAAGAACGUGGUGCUGGGAGUGGUAUCGACGAAAGCCCCGGAAUUGGAGACGGUGGAGGAGCUGCAGGCGCGGGUGUAUGAAGCGGCGGAUGUGCUCGAUAGCUCGCUUGGGGUGAGUCCGCAGUGUGGUUUCUCAAGUGUGAGCUAUGGUCGGGGGAUUGGAAUGACGGAGACGCGCAUGUGGGAGAAGCUACAGUUGGUGCAAAAAGUAGCCGAGCGGGUGUGGCAGUAA